AUGGCGCCAAACUCGGUUAUUCCUGCCGUUGACAAGACGACGACUGAGGCACAAACAUCAACCUCCACACGACGCGUCGCACAGCUAACCGACCAUCUCGCACCUGCGAAAGAGACGGAGCAGAUCAAUACACCUUCUUCGACACCCGUCAACUACCCGGUAUCGAAAUUCAAACUCGAUCCCAAUCGUUGUCUCGACCAUGUGCGAGAGCUGAAAGUAGCGGUAAUCGGCGCUGGCCUUGCGGGAAUUAAUGCUGGCAUCUUGCUCCCAGCAAAAGUGCCCGGCAUCAAGCUGACAAUUUUUGAGAAAAACAGCGACGUGAGCGGUACAUGGCUCGAGAACGUGUACCCUGGCGUACGUUGCGACAUCCCAGCACACGUUUACCAGAGUACUUUCUCGCCCAAUACCCAGUGGUCUGAGAUCUUUGCCAAGGGCGCAGAGAUUCGCGAGUACUGGCAAUCGCGCGCAAAAAAGCAUGAUGUGUACAGAUAUCUCAAGCUGCGACAUCGCGUGGAUGAAGCCGAGUGGAACGAUGCGCAAUCACAGUGGCGCUUGAAAGUUCAGGACCUCGAGAAUGACAAGACAUCCACCGAGUCUUUCGAUUUCAUCAUAACCGCAAUUGGCCGGUUCAAUGCAUGGAAGCUGCCUGACUACCCUGGUCUCGAUGAGUACAAAGGGUUCUUAAGACACACGUCAAAUUGGGAUCCUUCUUAUGACCCCACAGACAAGAGGGUGGCAGUCAUUGGCAAUGGAGCAAGUGGCAUCCAAAUAGUACCCAAUCUGCAGCGCGUCUCAAAGCAUGUUACUCAAUUUGUACGGAAUCCAACUUGGAUUGCGACCUCUUGGGCAGGUGACGAGCGGACCUUUGAGCCACAGCCAUACCCUGACGAACAGCGGAAAUCCUUCGAGGAUCCAGAGACUUAUCUAGCUUUCCGUAAAGAUCUCGAAGAAAGUUAUUGGCGGAGAUUCCGUUCUGUGAUUCGAGGUUCGCCGGAGAAUGUGGGCAUGCGAGAGCAGUUCAUUGAUGUCAUGAAGAAGCGGGCAGCAAAGAAGCCAGAACUUCUAGACGGACUCAUUCCAGACUUUGCACCAAAUUGCCGACGUUUGACACCAGGACCCGGAUACUUGGAAGCCCUUACUGAAGACAACGUCGACCUGGUCAAAACACCGAUAAAACGCUUCACUUCAACCGGAAUUGAGACGGUCGAUGGAAAAACCUACGAUUUCGAUGCUAUAUUCUGUGCUACAGGUGCAAAUACUAAUCUGGUUCCACCCUUCUCGAUCAAGGCACGAGGAGUUGACCUGAACAAGGCCUGGAAGCCGGAAGGAAAAUUUGGCUUUCCUUACACCUACAUGGGCCUUGCUACUCCAGGCUUCCCCAAUCUAUUUUUCCUGGCUGGUCCAGCUGCUACUGGCUCCGCGGGAACAGUACCUCAAGCUGUGGAAACAGCAGUCACGUACUUCGCCAAAGUCUUCCGAAAAGCAUCCUCACAAGGCAUCAAAUCCAUUGCGCCCUCCAAAGAAGCAGCAGAUGACUUUGUCGACUACUGUGAUGCUUUCUUUCCCAACACUGUGUUGACAGACAAUUGCUCUUCUUGGAACAAUGGCGGCACUCCCGGACAGCGUAUCAAUGGUCUAUGGCCCGGCUCGGCUGCACACAUCACCAUCGUCAGGCGUGAACCGCGGUGGGAAGACUGGGAAUACGAACGCGAGAACAAGAUCAAUAGAUUUGCGUACUUUGGCAAUGGCUACACACAGGCCGAGACGGAGGACGACGCUGAUAUUGUCUCAUAUCUGAAAGCUCCAGGGAAAGAGGGCGACCUAAGAGAUGUUCACGAGAGCUGGUGGGACCUACCUGGCUCAACAAAGAAGUCGGCUUGAACAACUCUCUUGUUCGUUUUCGAUUUUCAGCAUAGCAUAUUGCACGCCCUCGCCUUCUCUCUAAAAGGUUAUACGAGUCAGACACCUAUUCCCAGUGCCAUAUUAGAAUUAGAUCGAAUCGACAAUAUGCAACUUCAGCAAGGCGAUAUUGACUCGCACGCCC